AAUAGCCAACUGUCAGUAGUUAUAACAAGCUGAGUUUGCGGUCAGUGAAUAGCUUUACACAGCUACAUCUCCAGUUGGUUACCGUUCCUUUACAGUUGAUCGUAUAAUCAUGGCCAAGAGUAUGACUUUGCUGUGGUGCGUUGGGUCUCCUCCGUGCUGGCGAGUGAUGCUCGCGCUGGAGGAGAAAAAUCUGCAAGGCUACAAUCAGAAACUGCUAUCUUUCGAGAAAGGAGAACAUAAGUCCAAGGAAGUUAUGGAUCUCAACCCAAGAGGACAGGUACCUACUUUCAAACAUGGGGACAUCAUAGUGAAUGAAUCCUAUGGAGUAUGCAUGUAUCUGGAGAGUCAGUUCAAGUCGCAGGGGACCAAGUUGAUUCCUGAUGGACCAGCAGAGCAGGGAUUAGUGUUCCAGCGCAUGUUCGAAGGACUUUCCAUCUACCAGAGAACAGGAGAUGUCAUCUGGUAUGAAUAUUACAUCCCUGAGGCUGAGAGAAUGGACAUAACAAUAAAGAGAAACAUGGCAGCGCUUGCCACCGAAAUCAAACUGUGGGAAGGUUACCUGCAGAAGAUGGAGCCAGGAUCCUACCUGGCUGGAAAAUCCUUGUCAAUGGCCGAUGUUGUUGUUUUUCCAACCAUUGCCUUCCUCUUCCGAUCUGGGCUGAGUGCUGAGCGAUACCCCAGGCUGGGUCAGUACUACGAAUUGAUGAAGGACAGACCCAGUGCUAAAGCUACCUGGCCCCAAGACUGGGUGGAAACUCCAGGAGAAAACACCCUCAAGGACUUGUGAAAA